AUGCCCCAGUCCAUCGGAAAGGUGGAAUCAUUGACUGAGCUACAUUUAAAAUCUACAACAUUUGAAGAAUUGCCCGAAUUUAUCGGUUCUUUAAAGAAGCUCAAGACUCUUGAUGCCUCUUAUUGUGCAUCAUUAGCCCGCAUCCCAAGCUCCAUAGGACAUCUAGCAUCUCUGUCUCUCUUUGACCUAAGGGGGUGUGAUAAACUUGCUCAACUUCCUGACACAAUAGGCUCCCUCACAUCGCUGCAGAGCUUGCUAUUAUCGGAAUGCCACUCGUUGAGAGAAAUGCCAGACUCGAUCGGAAAGUUGGAAUCAUUGACCGAGCUGCAUUUAAAAUCUACAUCAUUUGAAGAAUUGCCCGAAUUUAUUGGUUCUUUAAAGAAGCUCAAGACUCUUGAUUCCUCUUAUUGUGCAUCAUUAGCCCGCAUCCCAAGCUCCAUAGGACAUCUAGCAUCUCUGUCUCUCCUUGACCUAAGGGGGUGUGAUAAACUUGCUCAACUUCCGGACACAAUAGGCUCCCUCACAUCGCUGCAGAAGUUGUUAUUAUCGGAAUGCCACUUGUUGAGAGAAAUGCCCCAGUCCAUCGGAAAUUUGGAAUCAUUGACCGAGCUGCAUUUAAAAUCUACAUCAUUUGAAGAAUUGCCCGGAUUUAUUGGUUCUUUAAAGAAGCUCAAGACUCUUGAUUCCUCUUAUUGCUCCCUCACAUCGCUGCAGAGCUUGCUAUUAUCGGAAUGCCACUCGUUGAGAGAAAUGCCAAACUCGAUCGGAAAGUUGGAAUCAUUGACCGAGCUGCAUUUAAAAUCUACAUCAUUUGAAGAAUUGCCCGAAUUUAUUGGUUCUUUAAAGAAGCUCAAGACUCUUGAUUCCUCUUAUUGUGCAUCAUUAGCCCGCAUCCCAAGCUCCAUAGGACAUCUAGCAUCUCUGUCUCUCCUUGACCUAAGGGGGUGUGAUAAACUUGCUCAACUUCCGGACACAAUAGGCUCCCUCACAUCGCUGCAGAGCUUGCUAUUAUCGGAAUGCCACUUGUUGAGAGAAAUGCCAGAGUCGAUCAGAAAGUUGGAAUCAUUGACCGAGCUGCAUUUAAAAUCUACAGCAUUUGAAGAAUUGCCCAAAUUUAUUGGUUCUUUAAAGAAGCUCAAGACUCUUGAUUCCUCUUAUUGUGCGUCAUUAGCCCGCAUCUCAAGCUCCAUAGGACAUCUAGCAUCUCUAUCUCUCCUUGACCUAAGGGGUGUGAUAAACUUGGUCAACUUCCCCGACACAAUAGGCUCCCUCACAUCGCUGCGAGCUUGCUAUUAUCGGAAUGCCACUCGUUGA